GUUCUUACUCCCUCUCCCUCAUACUCUGCUCACUUCUCAGACCGAAGUCUAUUGAGAUUCAUACUCUGCUCACUGCUCAUUCGAACUCUGAACUUUGACCAACACAACCAAAUGGCCUUCCUCCUUAACAAAACCACCAUUGCUUCCCACUUCCGAUCUCACUCCCAGCAGAAGGGGGAAGAUCUGCUUUCACUCUCGCGCCGUCAAUACCAUAUCGAACCUGGGCCUCGUGAAAAAGCGCUCUUGGCUGAAGAUGCAGCUUUGAGGCCAUUUAAGUCAUAUAAGCAGAGUGUGAAGAAGCUCAAAAAGGUUGGUGAUAUUCUAACAAUUGUUGUCGUUGCAGGAUGCUGCUAUGAAAUAUAUGUCAAGGCAGCUAUGAGAGAAGCAGCUCGGAAACAGUAACAUUCCAGAAUUGCAGAAGGAAGUGAAUAUUGUUGGACGCUAGCUUCUGUUCCAUUUUAAUGUUUUUCUAUGGUAAUAACAAUUUGGAUAAUAUUCCUGGCCGUGUUGGAAUAAGCAGAAAUGUAUUUGAACCCAAAAUGCUUGUGCAUCAAUAGUAGUUUCUUCAUCGUUCAAGAUUUAAAACUUUCUCAUGAACUUGAAUUUAAUGUAUCUAGAUUCCAGAGUCUCGACAUAGUUUUGGUCUGAUGAAUUAAUUAACCAAAGGUGAUUAGUUCUCCUGGCUA